GCAUAUAAAUUACAAGCAAGGCAACAUUCGUAGGAGUCUCUAUUCAAAUAACCCAAGCGUUGUAGGGGUAAAAAUAUCCUUGAAUAUAUCCGUCGGAUCUGCGAAUUUCGGUGCGAGCACCUGGAGGUGUACUAGCCAGCAAGCUUGUGAAAGUUCUACCAAGAGUUGCGGCGAUUUGCGAGGGAAACCGCUGUGUCAGACACGUUAUUCAGAAGGCUCGCCACGACGCGGAAAGGGCUAUUCUUUCAAGCAUGUCUGAUUUCUCGGUCAGGCGUUAUGGUGAGACUGUACACGUGCUAUCUUCCUCGAAAAGUUCAAUCCACUACCCUCACUUCCCUCCUGUCUGCACCUGUUGUACGCCAUGUGUACAGCCCUGCUGUGCUACCACCCCAAACAUUCCACGACCAUUCCACUCAUGGGAAAACACGAUACCCCAGUCGUUGAUACAACGCCAUGAUAUAACAACCCCAGAAGACGAGAGACAAAAAAAGUACCGAAAGUCUUCCGUUAUAGUUUGGAACCCGCAAAAGGCCGCGAAUAACAAAAAGGAAGCACAGAAAAAAGCUGCGACUCAAGAUCAACCGGAUGAUGAUGCUACGGGAGAAAAGAAAAACCCUUGGGGUAAUGCAUCCUACUCGGAUCUCAUUGCUAGAGCAAUAGACCAGUCAAAGUUCCAGAAACUAACUUUGCCUCAGAUUUACGACUGGUUUGUGAUAAAUGUGCCUUAUUUCAAAGCCAAGGAGCAUUUGCCUUCUACUAAAGGAUGGAAGAACGCAAUCCGUCACACGCUGUCUCUGAGGCAACGGUUUGUACGGCUUCCAGACCCCGGUAAUCCAUACCGAUCAUGGUGGACGGUCGCCAGUGAUGAUGUGCGCAGACAACGAAGGCGAAAGCCACGAUGGAAGUCUCGAGGGACUCAGACAAAUUUCUGAGAAUGAGUAGAUAAGGGAGCUGUAAUCUCCGACUCCCUCCCCGCCCACCCCUCCCCUGCCCUUUCACAAACACUGGACAAGUCCACUUAAAAUAGCCCCGAUCAAUCAACGCCCGCAUUGUCCAGCAUUUUCUUACACAGUCAUCAAGCUCGGGUACGUAUAGUAGCUAGUGGGAGGGGGAAGGGGGGGGGGGGAUUAGUAGCAGCAAAAAGCAAAAUGAUUUUACAUAGCUUAGCCAAAGCUAGGUAGAGGGUUAAGUUAAAUGCCUUUGCUCCCCCCCCCCCCCCCCCCCCCCCAUCCAAUGGCUGAGUCCAGUGUCAAGCCAAAAGAUAAAAUAUAAAACAACAAAGCAUCCUACAGCACCGUACACACAAACUGGGCCUUGUUAUGCUGUGCGUUUUACCGAUAAUGCUGGCGCUGGUUGUACGGGGUACACUUAUGCUAGUUACGCGGUAUAAAAAGACUAAGCAAUAUUGCAGUAGAUAUCUGUUAGUAUAUUAUACAUGGCGAGAACUUCAUAAGAACUCGUGCUGUGAUUGGUUCGCUUUCUCGGAAUAACAGUUUUUAGAGAAUAUAGUUGUUGUUUUAGAGUAUAUAAAUGGAUAUAUGGCGGAGACAAAACAAGACAUAUUGCUGUUAUUGUUAUUAUUAUUAUCAUUAUCAUGUUUACAACUUUGUUUAAUUUACAUCCGGUCGCUCGAGACGCUUCAGCCGGGUUUUGUUCGCUCUGACUAUUGAUAAAAUUAAUUUUGUAUUUCCACGCAAUGCUUUUAACAUGCUAUUUUGACGUGAAAUUUUCGAUGGUCAUUUUAAAUUUCGGCUCAUUAUUCCGAAAUUCAGCUGUGAAUACCGUCCAUUAUUCCGAGAUAGCGAGCCAAUCAGAGCGCGCGUUCUUAUGAAGUUCACGCCAUGUAAAUACUAAAAUGGCGUGUCAUUUGACAAAAUUACUCUAGAUUACAAAAUAAUUCUCGCCAAAGUUUAGAAAACGUUUUCAAUAGAGGAUCUGUCUUUUGUAUAUAUAUAUAUACUAAAACAAUUAUUCGCCUAAGGUUCAGAGUGGUGAGUGGUGAAUGGUGAGUGGUGAAUGGUGAUUGGUGAGUGGUGAUUGGUGAA